GGCUGAGGCUCCACGGUGUGCAACAGGAAGGGGAAGUUUUCACAGCUCUGUGAGCACCAGCAAUGCUGUUCGAUCACCUCACCAAACAACUGGGCAAACCAACGCAAGGCCCCUGGGGGUGGAUGUUGAAAAAGUUCUUCGAGAGGAGGAAUAGAUUGUUGGAGGUGAAUGCUGUCAAACUGUGUGACAUUCAGCCUGAGAGUGUGGUGCUGGAACUGGGCUUUGGACCAGGGCUCGGUCUGCAGGAAGCUGCUAAACGCCUUAUGCUGCCGAAGGGCAAGCUCUAUGGGCUGGAUUACUCUGAAUACAUGUACCGUGUAGCCAGCAGGAGGGUGCAGCCUGAUAUUCAGACCGGCAAGGUGACAUUGUUUCACGGCAGUGUGGAACAUAUCCCUCUGGAAGACAACGUGGUGGACAGAGUAUUUCACUGCAACUGUUAUUACUUCUGGCCUGAUCUGCAAUCUGGAUGCAGAGAGAUUUACCGAGUUAUGAAACCAGGGGGACUGAUGGUCACCACCUUAAGCCUGGAAGUUCUAAGGAAGUUUGUUGCUGCUGGAUUCUUGAAGAAUACAAAAUGGCCACCUGAACCGUACAUGGCUACUCUCCGUGACACGGGAUUUGUUGACGUGUAUAUGGAGCAAAAACAAGAUCAAGGGAAACCCUUUCAGGCUAUCUUUGCUAGAGCAAAUAAGCCGUGAAUGUGCUGUCAUCUCUGAUGCCUCACGAGCUCAAUAAUUUGGGUUUACUGAGCUAUUAUAUAACCCAUUUGUAAUAUUUGUAGAUAAAUUGGAAGACACCACUUCAUUGAACGUAGAAGAGAACAGCACAGUAGAGAUCCUUCGGCCUUUGAUAUUGUGCCAGCAUUUUAUCCUAUUCUAAAGUCAGGCUAACCUGCAUUUCCUUCAUUGUAUUAACUUCCAUGUGUCUAUCCAAGAGUCACUUAAACGUCCACAAUGUAUUUGACUCUAGUACCAGUGCAUUCAACGGACCCACCACUUGGAGUAAAGAACCUACCUCUGACAUCUUCACUAAAUCUUUCUCCAAUUGCCUUAAAAUUAUGUCCCUUCAUCAUUGAAAAAGUCCCUGGCUAUCCAUUCUACCUAUGCCUUUAACAACUUGUGCACCUCUAUCAAGUCACCUCUCAUCCUUCUUCGCUCCAGUGAGAAAAUCCCCAGCUUCCUCAACCUUUCUUCAGAAGAGAUGUCGUCCAGUCUAAGCAGCAUCUUGGUAUAUCUUCUCUACACUCUCUCUAAAGUUUCCUCAUCUUUCCUAUGAUAAGGCAACUAGAACUGAACACAAUAUUCCAUGUGUGAUCUAACCAACACUCUGUAGAGCUGCAGCAUAACCUCGCGGCUCUUAAACUCAAUCCUACUGGCUAAUGAAAGCCAACACACCAUGCGCCCUCUUAACAACCCUAUCAAUCUGGGUGCCAACUUUCAGGGUUCUAUGGACAUUGCCUCCCAGAUUCCUUUAUUCCUCUACCCUGCCAAGAGUUCUGCUUUUAACCUUGUAUUCUGCAUUCAAAUUCAACCUUCCAAAGCGAAUCACUUCCCACUUUUACAGGUUGAACACCAUCUGCCACUUCUCAGCACAGUUCUGCAUCCUGUCAAUUUCCUAUUGCAACCUACAAGAGCUCUCCACACUAUCCACAACUCUCCCAACCUCCGUGUCAUUGGCAAACUUACUAACCCACCCUUCCACUUCCUCAUUCAAAUCAUUUAUAAAAGUCACAAAGAGCAGAGGUCCCAGAAUUGAUCCUUGCAGAACACUACUGGUCACCGAGCUUCAAGCUGAAUACUUUCUACCACCACCCUCUGUCUUCUAUGGACCAGCCAAUUUUGUAUCCAGACAGACAGAUUUCUGUACAUUCCAUGUUUCCUUACUUUCUGUAUGAGCCUACCAUGGGGAGAGUUAUCAAAUGCCUUCUUAAAAUCUAUGUACACCACAUCCACUGCUCUACCUUCAGCAACAUGUUUUGUCACAUCCUCAAAGAAUUCAAUAACGUUUGUGAGGCAUCACCUGCCACUUACAAAGCCACGCUGACUAUCUCUAAUCAAACCAUGGUUUUCCUAGUAAUCAUAAAUCCUGUCUCUCUGAAACUUCUCCAAUAUUGUGCCCAUCACUGAUGUAAGACUGACUAGUCUGUAAUUCCUAGGAUUAUCCCUAUUCCCUUUCUUGAACAAGGUAAUAACAUUUGCCAAACUUCAAUCAUUUGGCACUACUCCAGGAGACAGUGAGGACACAAAGAUCAUUGCCAAAGGUGCAGCAAUCACUUCCCUCACUACCUGUAGUAACCUAGGGUGUAUCCCGUUUGGCCCAGGGGACUUAUCUAUCCUUAUGUUUUGCAAGGUUUUCAGCAGAUGAGCGGCAUGGCAUUCUAACCAGAACUCCAUUAAUAAACACAUCGAUUUAGAUCCCAUCUACCUUCCCUUGAAAAAAACAACCGGAAAUGACAUCACCCAUCUUAAGAAACCAAGAACUAUAAAUAGAAAUGUGGGACACAUCACCGGCGCUUCACCAGAGACUCUCACUGAUGAUGUCACCUAGUUAUGAUGAUGAAACAACUGAAAAGAAACCUUCCAGCUCAGUGAGCUAACUUACAUACUUAGUGAUAAAAAUACUUAAAAUGAGAAUAAAGACGGACAUAAAUCUCGCAUAAACUGUGGAGUAAACCAGAUUUUCUUCGAUAAAGCUGAGAACAAAAGCUUAGGAAAAUAAAAUGGCCAACACUGUUGAGCAACCAUUUCAAAGGGAGAAUUCUUGUUUUGCCAAUUUUACUGAAUUGUUUUGAGGAGAGACCAAGAAAGUAGAUAAUAAUAAUGUCGCAGAUGAAUGUUAUCUGGACUUUCAAAGGGCCUCAAGUCAGAUUUCUGUAUUCCUUCAGAAAUAUGGAGCUUUUCAGGCUGGGUCAGCAUUUAUUGCCCAUUUCUAAUUACGCAGGAGAAGGUGGUGGUGGGUGAGCUGCCUUCUUGAAUCUUCUUGAAUGCAGUUCAUUUAAGGUUCCCUUUCAUUAACUAAUUAAAACAGUCAAGGUAUGUGAAGUCAAGAGAAUAUUUGGCAGAAUGGAUUACUGGCUGACCUCAUGAGUAAAACAGAGAAUGAGAGUAAUGGUGGUUAUUCAGAGUGGCAGAAGGUAGUAAGUGGCAUUCCACAAAGAUUAGUGUUGAGAGCAUUGAUGUUCAAAAUGUAUAUUAUUGAUUUGGACAUUGGGAUAAAAUAAAACACAAUUUCCAAAUGUUUGGAUGACAAAUUUGUGGGCGAGGGGGAGUCAUGGUCAAUAUGAAGCGAUGUCUGCAACAAAAUACAGGAGGACAUUAAUCAACUUGCAUUGUGGGCAAAUAAUCAUGAAAUAAAGUUCAACGCAGGUAAAUGUGAGAUUGUCCAUUUGGCAGGAAGAGGGUUUAAUUCAUUUGUCACUCAGAAAAUGUGAGCCUUAUGGUGUCGGAGGAACAUCAAAAUCUUGGAGUACAUCUAAAUAAAUUAUUAAAGGUUGUGUUGUAGGUGAGGAAGGGCAUGAAAGAUAGCAAAUUUAGCAGUAGGUUUUAAUUGUAGAGGAAUAGAAUCAAAAAGUAGGGAGAUUGUAGUUAAUCUGUAUUGAAUCUUAGUUAGACCAUACUUAUAGUUCUGGUCAUUAUAUCAUCAAAAGGUGAUGGAGCAAAAGGCAAGGGUACAGGAAAGAUAUUGCAAGGGUGAUACCAGGAAUGCAUGCAUUUCAAGGUCUGCACUUUCUUGAAAACUAGAAGAGACUUUUAAAAUUGUGAAAGGAUUUGAUAGAGUGAAUCCAAGUGGAGCAUGUCCAAUUGUGGAGAAAAGCAUAACGAGAGGCCACGAGGGAAUUCAGAAGUAACUUUCCACAGAUUGGUCAGAACAUGAAACUCACGGCCUGAGACCGAUUGAAAUUUAUAGUAAAGAUGCAUUUAAGAAGAAAUGAGACAGGAUUGUAGGGAGAAGGGAAUAAACAGGAACAAUAACAUGUUCAGAUAACAUAAAGUGGGUGAAGGCUCGAGUCGAUAGCAACUGGUUGGGACAUAUGUGUUUUUCUGUGCCGUAACAUGUUAUAACUUUAGCCACCUUAUUAAUAAUUACAAUAAAUGGAUUUUUGUAAA